CCCGAGUCCAGACCUCUCUCGAGCAAGAACCGAUCUCGAAUUUUCUCUCGAUCUCGCGUCUCUCUCUCUCUCUCUCUCUCUCUCUCUCUCUAGCUUUUCAAUUGCUGCAAAUUUUGCCGCCAUAGAAACUAAAUUCUUCCACAGCACACCUCUCUCCCUCCCCAUUGGGUAUAUAUAUACGGCUUGAAAAGAGUGUUCUGACAUGGGAAGCAAUGGAAGCUGAAUCAGAGAGAAGCGGCCAACUGACCUCAUCAAACAGAAGAAGAAAACCCUUGUCCGACAGUACCAACGUCGUGAUUCCCACCUCCUCCGUCCUUCGCAAGCUCUCUUCCUCCCUCGCCGCCCCACCCCCGUUCCCGAACCCAGUUCAGAAACCAAAACCCAAUCCAAAUGCCAAUUCGAAACCCUACAGUUCCUCCAAAACCAAACCGGACACUAACCCCUCCAAAUCUGACACCAGCAUCGGAUCAUCCAGUUACAACCCCAAUUCUGCCCAAAUUGCCAAAACCCCCACUCGCGCUUCCGUUGCCGAUUCCGGCAACAAAAGUGAAGAGGUAUUUGAGUCCAUCAAAGUUUACAAACGAAGAGAGACUGCGGAUAAAACGAAGGACAAGGGAAAGGCAGUGGAUGGGCCUCUUACUUACUCCUCUGUCAGGAAAACAAAGGAUAGUGAGAAUUCAGAUGCCAUGCCUUUUUCCCCUCUACUGCAGAAAACAAAGGAUAAAAGGAAGGAAGUUGCUGUGCCUUUCGAUUGUUCUUUGGUGGAUAAAAGAAGGGAUAAAGGGAAAGCAAUUGCUGUGUCUUUCUCCCAUCUUGGAAAAUCGAAGGAUAAUGGGAAGGCUGUUUCUGUGCCUAUUGCUUUCCCUUCUUUGGUGAAUACAAGGAAUAAAAGCAAGGCUUUUGACAUGCCUUUUAGUUGUCCUCCCCUGCCGAGGACCAAGAAGAUAUGGACUGAAUUCAAUGGAGUUGGAGAUGUUGGUCUAUCCAAAUCGCGCACAGUUCCUCCUCCAAAUAAUAAGAAGAAGAGGCGCUGCUUAUUGGAAGAGCGAGAUGUUUCAACACAUGACUUGCCGCAAGAAUUCGUUGAGCUACAGAGAGCUUACUUUAAAGACGUCGAUGAUUUUGAACUGGCAGAAGAGGAGGUAUCAGAGAGUGAGUUGGAUCACGAAAGCGAGAAAAAGUGUUACAAUCACGAUGAAGUCGGGGCGCCCUAACCGAUUACUGAAAGACUUUCUCUGUAUAGCUUCAAGCUUACGUUUACAUAUUCUCCACCUGCCACCAGCCAUAGCAAUGUACGUUGUCUGUCAUUCUUUUCCCAAGUUUCUGUUUUGAGCCUCAGGUAACGUAAUAAAUUGAUCUUUCUUAGAUAACAGUGUCGCCACGUGCCAGCCGUAGGAUCUAACUUUACUUGCUAGUUUUUUUACGGACCGAACUACUACAAAUGCAAAUAUGAAUGAUGUAUUACAGUUCUUUGUAUUGACACUGGAAGUUGCAGAUUGCCAUGUGCUUUGUCA